UCACAACAAACACACUAGCGAUCUGGAUACAAGAGUUGUCGGUCCUAGCUUAGAUCUCCAGCCUUGUGUUUCCUUGUUGGAUAUAACAGGUCGGAUAAUAGCAUGCGCUGAAUCGAACCUGACAGAAUGAAAACAAAGAUUUGAAGCCUCGAGUCGAAGGUUGGAUAAUUUGUUUUACCUGGACACAGGUGUGCUGAUAGCACGCCUUGGAGGUGCAAAAGUCAUGUCCCAAUACAGCAGACGUCACGACAGUGACCCAGAAUGUUCCGACUCUUCCAGUGAAAGUCAGGAUGGAGGGCAAGAAUUUUUCGCACAGAUGGUAGAGCGCAUGCGCAAGGACAUAGGAAGCUCAUUCCCAGGAUUCCACAAAGACGUUCCUCUCGCCAGACGACAAGCUGCGAUUGAUAAGCAGUCCUCACCUAGUCUUGGAACGCACAGGUCCAGCCUACAGCUAACAGGAAAGGAUAGCCCAAUCAAACUGUCAAGACUUCAAGGCCGUCGUCCAAAGAUAAAUUUAGAAUACAGGACACCAUUCGUCUUCACAAGCAAUGGAGGUUCUCAGCCUGCAGGAGUCCUGGAGGAGGAUGAAGUUUACGACUUGGAGUCCUGGGUGGACUCGGCGUCCGUCACGCCAGUGGACAAGAUGGCACUGUCGGAAGCCAGAUAUGAGAAGGUCAGUCCAGUCAUGACAACGGACAGCGUGGGAGACGUUUCUACGUCUUCGUAUCACGGCCUCAGUCCGAAGCCUCUCAGUGGCGUUAACGGUAAUAAUAAUAAUAACAACAAUAAUAACAACAACAACAACAAUAAACACUUGCAGCGUGACUCAGAGACAACGCCUGUGAACAUCGAGAGCUUGCCCUCUACCAAAGUCAGUAAAACGCCUUCACCGACUUCAAAUCUUGGCUAUAAUGGUGACACCAAGGAUACCAUGGGAAACACUUUUGGAUAUCCGAAGAACGACACCGACAGAGGCGUCGCCCAGCAGUGUCGAACGUCUGUGACUCCUGAAAGGCUCUCUGUCACUUCUGUUUUACCCGAAAGAAGUCGCAUCCACGGAAACGGCAUACAUGAGUCGGACUUCGUUGGUGUUGUCGCCAGUGUGGAACAAGAUCAGGUGAAGCCUUCCACUCUGGCAUCUCGGACUAUGCACGCCCCUGACAGUACUGAGACCCGCAGAAGAAAUUUUUCCUCUUCUUCUUUACCGGUGAACUUGAUGACGGCCACGAUAGAGGAGGUGGACGAUGGGGACUACACGCGGGCGCCUCCGGCCGGAUACUCUAGCCAAAGGUCUUAUUCCUAUAGCGGAACGGGGAGUCCUUCACCGAAAGUACCCAUCCGUGCCUUACGGAGAGAGGCCCGGGUACCCAGCUUAAAUUCCCCACCUCGCACACGGCGCCCGGGGCCUCUGGUCGGGCUGGACCGGUCAUUGAGUGACCACACAACCAGAGUGGGCCAUUUGAAAGACUUGGACAUAGUUGGGGAGAGUUUUGACUCCAGGUACCCUUGGCAAAAGGACGUGGCCAUUCAGUGCUAUCUUCAGAACGACUGUCCUUGCCACCCGUACUUACACAGGGCGAUGUCCGGUCCGGCCAUGUACACUUACUUCCGGUCAUUGUCCCUGUCGUCCAACAGUCCGGCCUCUAGCCCUCCGCACACCACUCGCCGUCCGGCGCUCCACACGUACGGCAGGAGCUCUUCCCACUCCGAUCUUAUCCAGCAGCACAGCGCCUACGGCAGCGCUCCGGAUCUGCCUCCCGGCCACAUGUACCAGCGUCAUUGCGUCCUCAGCCGCAGCAACAGCACCACCACGCCUAAUUGCUUUGACGCCACGGUGCUGGCGGGAACAGCCUACUGUAACAGCAGCAAGAGGGCAAACUUCUGGAGACGCCCUCGUCCCAGCUCAAUGGGUGCCGUAGAAAACAUAAGAUACCAACACGAACUGACCAAAUUCAGGGAGCUUCAUAAUUUGAGACGUGACCGCAAGAGUGACCCCCAGCUGGUCGUGUCGCCUGGAUGUCGCCGCCGCGUAGCAGAGGACAGUGGAUCUAUAUCUGACCUGGAGUCCAUACUGGAAAACCCCAGCGACAGGCCUUGGGAUAUAUCACGUCAGACCAGCAUUACCUCCCUUGACUAUGACGACGAUUACAUGCAGUACGCGGAAGGAUCGGAGAACUCAGAAAGCGUGGGCGGAGAGUUCUCUGAGGACUUCCGGAGCAGGGAGGACGUACUGCCCUCCCCACCAAUAUCUCCCAGAAACUGGGCAACAUUUGACGAUGAGGAUGAUAUCGUAGACAGCGAUGAUUCAAUGCACGUACUUGAGGAGCGUAAAUCUAAAACCCGCAAGCGCCUCCAGCGCUCCAAGCAACCACGUCGGUUAAGUUCCGGGUCCAUUACAAGCGAUGCCGAGAGUGAGGGAACCGAACCAGACCCUCCAGUUGUUAGGAGAGGUCGAAGGUCAGCUAUCUACGAAACCAAGAACUGUGGUGAUGUCUCGCCCACGACACUCUCACCGGAAGUCUCACCAAGUAACUCUUGCGACGAAGGUGAAGGUGCCAGUAACAUUGCCGAGAGGCUUAGAAGACGGCGCAGCUCUGUGGACCUAGCUAUGAACAUCUACCCCGGUGACCUCCUAGUGCAAGAGCACCACAAGAAGCUCAUCAAGAGAAACACCAUAGCCGACUUUUACGCCGCUGGAAGACAGCCCAACGGGGUCCCGCUGCCCCCUGGGGUGGUACCCGGAGGGGACACGACGGAUGUGACCAAAAAAGGAAGACAGCCGUUCUCUCUGCUCAAAUUGAUGAAAACCAAAAGUAAAGAGUCCCUCACCAAACUUGAUGAAAUAUUACGGCGCCUUAAACCCUCUGAGUUCAAAGACAAAGACCUGGCAGCUUACAAGUCUCUCCACUGGUCAGAUUUGAUCGCCAGCACGGACAAACAGCACAACAGCCAAAUGACCAGCAUUAUAGAUACGGAGAGGAAGAGAAGAGAGGCCGUGUGGGAGCUGUUCAAAUCCGAGUGUGUGUUCCUCAUCGACCACCUGAUGGUUCUUAAACAUUGUUUCAUGGAACCUCUUAAGAAGGUGCAAGUGGAGGGAAGUCUUAUGUUCGCUGAACCGCAGGAUUUAUUUGGCAAUCUGGAUGAGUUGUCUUACGUGAGCUACACAUUUUGUAAAGAUUUUAUUGCUGCCCUCCUGAAGGACAUGAGCAUCACUGACUUUGGCAGAACUAAUGUAUUGCUCAAAGCUUUUCAAAGGUUUUCUGCACAUUCCCGAGAUGGCGCUGUUUACCAUUCCUACUGUCUGAAUUAUGCCAAUGCUUUAACGUAUUUGGAGAAACUUAGAGCCAAUUCUGAGUUUUCUGAAUUUGAAAAGUGGUGUGAACAAGAUUCUCGAUGUAACAGACUGCAACUGACAGAUCUUCUUGUAGCUCCAAUGCAGCACUGCACUAAGCUUCCUUUACUCUUGCACAAUGUCAGGAAGUAUACAGCAGAUGAGGAUGAGAGGCAGCAGGUAGCAGAGAGUAUAGAGAAGAUGGAAGCAUCACUUAAGCAGCUUGAAGAAAAAAUGAAGUGGAUAAAAAAUUUUGAAAGAGUUCAAGAAAUCCAAAGACAAAUCGUCUGGCCCACUGUUACAGAAUUAGAUCCCAGAUGUGUCAUCCCAGAGAGUUUAAAAUCUAGUCUCUGUAAACAGCCGUGUGAACGUCUUCUGAUAUGUCCUAAGAGACAACUUCUACAUGAGGGGCAAUUAACUCUUGUGGAAACACCUAAGCCUCUUGAUAUUCAUAUGUUUUUGUUUGAUGACAUUUUACUUAUUUCAAAAGUCAAGAAAAUACCUAGAAAAUCCAAGCAGUCUAAUUCUGAGUUGCAGACAUUAGGGACAUCUGACAGGACUUCAUAUAUUGUGCUAAGACAACCUCUGGCAUUGGACAGGUUUACAAUUCAUGAUAUUUCACCGUCCGAUGCAGCAGUAAAUGGGUUAAAACAUUGUUUUGUUUUGGUACAUAUUUCAAGAUUCCAGCAAAUUAUUGGUGCAUUUACAUUUCAGGCAGCAUGUGAUGCUACUAAAAAUACCUGGCUGCUCCAGAUCAGAGAUGCUAUGGAAGCAUACGCCAAGGCAGCAAGCAGCAGAAACAAUUCUUUCAAAGAAAACAGAGACCCCAAAACGGAAGAAAAAGAGACAAUGCCAAAACUGAGGGACAGGACUGAAAUGAAUUAUCAGAACUCUAAUGCACCCAGAAGAUAUUUAAAUGGACAAAACAGUUUAAAAAAUGUUCCUACCAAAUCUCGUUCUAUGGAUGCAGUUUUUAUUUGAUUGCAAUUCCGUGACUUCUUGAUUGUUCAACUGUGUGAUUAUUCUUAAUAACUAUGUUGAGUUCAUUCAAGUACAAUAUCCUGAAGCCUAUAUAUGUGAUAGGAUGGUUGCCUGGCCAUGUGAUAUGUCCUGUGUAGUCUCAAUGGUCCUGGGUUUGAGCCCUGCCCACUGCAUUCCCUGCCAUCCUGCAAGAGGUUUGUGUGUGGAUCUAAUGAUAUUUAUUUGAAAUGACCAUCCAAAAUAUUUCAAACAAAAAUAUUUUAUUGAUGCAUGACUUAGGAAUGAUAAGGAGCCUAUCAUCAUCUUUCAGGUCAUGGCUGUAUGUUAUGGUAAAAAAAGAAAAAACAAAAACAAGCAGAUGAAAAAAAUACAUGUGACAUAACAUUGAGAAAGUGGAUAUUCAAUAUCUGUCAGCAGAAUACAGAAUGGACAGAAUUGCAACAUGUUGGCUUCCUUCAAAUGACUGGUUCAUCUCGUAGAAUUUUUUCAUGUGUCAACAUGACCCUUCAUGUUAAACAUAAGUCUACCAGACAUCGCGGGUGAAAAUCAUUCAGUAGAAUAAGCACUUAAGAUUUUAAUCUUUUGCUAUACUGAUAGAUUUUUAGAGAAAAUAUGUUUAAUAACAAUACCUCUAUUCCAGUUGCAAUUUUAGAAUGAGUAAAACCUGGUGGACAUGGUUCUUGAAAAUGGCUCCAAUGACUUUCCUCAAUAAUUUUUCUAUAUAUAUGACAGUUGAUGUUUAUUUUUAUGAAAAGAAUUUUUAUCUCAAUGGCCACACUGAAAAAAAGUCUAGUUUAGUCAUUAUUAUUUUUCAAAGUAUAAAAAAAAAUAUUUAAAUUUGGUUAGAGAACUAGAAAAUAUUUAUCUUGAACAGACUCUACGCCUUUUGGUAUUUCUGCAUGUAGGCCCUAUUUAUUAAAAAGUUUAAACCAGGAUUUAUUUUAUUGCAAUGAAUGUAGAAAGUUAUUCUGUUCUGCUGGAAAAAAUAGGUGUAAUUAAAGCAUUUAUUCUGAAAUGUACAUUUUUUACUACUUUUUCUUUAUACUGUCAGUGUCUCAAAAUCCACAAGUACUGCUGUACUUCCCUGUAGUAGCAUCUAAACUACAUCUUUACCAAAUCGGUGUAUAACUAUUGUGUCCCAUAAACCACAUGUCUUUCACAGUAUUUUAUUUUACUUUUAAGUCAUUAUCUUUCAUUUGGCUGAGAUCCCAAUUUUUUUUGUUUAAUUCUGUUAUUUAUUCUGCUCUUAUUUGAAAGUCUCUCAUGUUUGGAGUCCACAAUCUCAUUCAUUCAUGUCUGUAUAUUCCUCCUGGUUUCAUAGCAGUGAUAUAGUCACCUACAUUUUGAUGCUGUCUAGAAACAAAAGUUUUGGGACAAAUAUUUCUAUGCGUUGUAUUAUAAGCUUCAUUUUGUGUGAAAACUUCAUUUUAAUUGUAAAGCAUUUUUGUAAAAAAUAUUUGAUGAUUGUUUUGUAUACAUCAUUAUUCUUGUAAAUUUUUUAAAGUGAUAAUGAAAUUAAUGUUUCCUAAUUAACUUGUUUUGUACAUUGUUGGUUAUCAGAUGGCAUUUUUUUAUUGUUGGAAAUUUAAAGUAAAUAACUCUAUUCUGUAUUCUAUCUAUACAAAUAAAAAGAAAAAUUAUUUUCAAAUCAUAUUUAUUUAAUGUUGUGGUUUGUAAACUGGAAAAAAACAAUAUAAAUUUCUGAAAUGGCAUUUUUUUAGUUUACGACAGUUUUACAGCAUGGCUGUCUGGUUAUGCACUCCAGACUGUUGUCAGGAUGGCUCUCAGCUCUAACUCUGCCUAAUACCAUCCUCUGCUGCCCUGCUGGUGCUUUGGGCUUGGAUGUAAUAAUUCUAAAGGAACAUCUAAAACUUUUACAACAAUUCAUUAAGAAAAUGUGAUAGUUUAAAUUCUUA